AGCAAAAAAUUGCAGUUGGCGUAUUAAUAUGUACUUACAUUACACGCCUUCAGGAACAUUACCUCACGUUAGCAAUCGCUUAUCGUCUCCAUGGCUCAUUGUCGCUCGCCUACGCAUAGUCGAUGGCUUGCUCUUAUUUGGGACGCGACAUAGUACUGAUAAUAGAUCAGUGACCUCAGCUCCCAACCGUGUAUUCGGUCGGAUCAACAGUUUCUCCGCGCAAACGCAAAGCGAGAUUCAUUACUGCAGUCAUUUAAUCCCUUCUUGGCCUUCAAAACUUAUCAUCAUGUAAACCGCUCUCGCGAUUUGGAUUAACAUUUCUUUCUUUCAAAGUGCAAACUUACCCUACAAAAUAUCCCCAGCUAGUAUGGUUGUCGAAACCGACAUGGUCUUCCGCUUUGUUAAUUCUACCGACACCAACGGCGAUACGCGGACGUUUCGAGUGUAUCAAGUGAUAGGAACAGCAGCACACGAGGAAUUGGAGCUAUACAAGUUCUCACAUUCAAUGACUGGUUCUUCUGGUGGAACCACAACUUAUCAGCGGAAAAAUAUGAACAGUUUGAUCUUUGAGACUGUUGGACAGAUCAGUUGGAGUUCAAACAUUAUUGCCUCCGCCGUGUAUUUUGGUUUAGAGGAGGUUUCUGUCAAAGAUCUCCGCAAGGUCAAAAAUGCGACCAGCCAUUCACGCAGAUUUAAAUCCGGUGUCGGUGCCGCAUAUAAGUGGAAGAUAUCAGAAAAUAGGACUGACUUAUAUUGUAUCGAUUCACAAGACAAAUACAUUGCAUCGUGGUCAAACCACGAGAGGAUACUAAGAGUGACCCCACGCGCCAGCGCGAUGUUAGAUCGGCUGGUGGUAACUUGCUUCCUGAAUGUGUGGUUCAAGCGACUUGGGCGGUGGUAACGAGGUCGUCAACGUCAGGUGUCUAUCCUUAUACUGUAUAGUAAUCAACUUAAUCGCAACGUCUGUAAUCUGUGUUUAAUGUUCUAGUACACUGAAAUAGCUCCAUCACUACUCA